ACGGGACUGAACUAAUCCAGCAGACUCAUCUUCAUCUCCCGCUGGCCUCUUUGCAUCGUCUGCACUAUCAACCUCAGGAGAGACCAUGUGUGCGAGCUAUAAAUGAAGGUAAUGACGUGAUUUAGGUCUGAGCCUGGAGAUGCCGAAGAGACGAGACAUCGUCGCCGUCGUGUUAAUCGUGUUGCCGUGGACACUGCUCAUCACCAUUUGGCACCAAAGCGCCAUCACUCCUCUGCUCACUGCUCAAAAAGAUGACAGACACAACAGUCGCUCCAAAUCUAGGAACAGCUUUGCCCUCAGGGAGUCGUGCAACCUCCAGAACCAAGAUGUUGCAGAGGUGGUACAUACAGAAUAUGUCUACAGGCGACCUCCACCCUGGUCCAAUCUCCUGCCCACCAUUCACGUCGUCACCCCCACCUACACCCGACCAGUGCAGAAGGCGGAACUGACCCGUCUGGCUAACACUUUGCUCCACGUGCCCAACUUGCACUGGAUCCUGGUAGAGGACUCCCAAAGGAGGACUUCUCUGGUCAGCCGUCUCCUUCGUGAGACCGGUCUCAACUACACUCACCUCAGUGUGGAAACGCCAAGGAACUACAAGGUACGUGGGGACACUAGAGACCCCCGAAUACCACGCGGUACGAUACAGAGGAACCUGGCCCUACGGUGGCUCAGAGAGAUCUUCAACGUAAACAACAGCCAGCCUGGGAUCAUCUACUUUGCAGAUGAUGAUAACACUUACAGUCUGGAGUUGUUUGAACAGAUGCGAUCCACCAAAAAGGUUUCAGUGUGGCCUGUGGCCUUUGUGGGAGGUCUGCGUUAUGAGUCCCCUAAAGUAAACACUUUUGGCAAAGUGUACGGCUGGAAAACUGUUUUCGACCCACACAGACCCUUUGCCAUCGACAUGGCUGGGUUUGCAGUGAACAUGCACCUCAUCCUGUCCAAACCCCAGGCCUACUUCAAGUUACGUGGGGUGAAGGGAGGUUAUCAGGAGAGCAGCUUAUUAAAGGAGCUGGUCACCCUCAGUGACCUGGAGCCCAAAGCUGCUAACUGCACCAAGGUAUUAGUGUGGCACACACGGACAGAGAAACCCGUGCUCGUAAAUGAAGGCAAGAAAGGAUUUACAGACUCUAAUGUGGAGAUAUGACAAACUUCAUCUGGCACAGCGGAGAUGUGCCUCAGCGGGAUUCUGCCUGGAUCCAGACCAACCUCAGAGCCCCACAAAGCAACGGCUAGGGUUAAAUUAUGAGCACGGAGCACCAGCUGUGAUGGAGUCACGCCUGUCCACUGCAGGCAGCACAAACCCUCGUGCCUAUCAAAGCACAAAGCAAACUGCUCGGCGCGCACAGUUAAAGUGAAACACUGGCAGGGGUUGCCUAAAGGUGAUGGCCCAGCGAGACACAGACAAAGGAUGGUGAGCAAUUUAAACUGCAGGAAGAGAUGGCACAGCAAGCAAUAAAGCGCGCUCAGAGCUCCAACACCACCACCUAACCAUCCAAUCAGCAGUAAAUAGGCACCUUUUGUUCUGAGGAGAGCUGGCUGUCGGCUUGGGGCUGCACAGAGGAAGAAAAGAGCCCUUGUACAGAGUGAGUCAGCAAUGACUGACAGACUGCACCCACAGCAUCACAACACCCCCCCCCCCAAUACU